AUGGCGGCCUCCAUGGCGCGGACCUACUGUUACCUAUCUCGGCAUGGAUCCUGUCUUCUGCCUCGGUUGAAAACUCUUCGCCUCACACUCAGGUCGAAGUUUCACUGUUCUCCCGCAGCCUAUGACGGGCUGCUCUUUUCUCUGAAUAAACGCGGUAUUUUGAAGGAAUCCUUCCCCGAAAACGCAGCUCAGGACCAGCUUCCUCAGCUGCUCCGGUCCGAUACUCAGACUGUUUACUGCGGCUUUGACCCCACGGCAGACAGCCUCCAUGUGGGCAACUUGCUCGCUAUCAUCGGCCUGCUUCACUUUCGAAACGCCGGACACCAUGUCCUCGCUGUGCUGGGAGGGGCCACGGCACAGAUCGGGGACCCGAGUGGGAAAACGACCGAGAGGGAGCGACUGUCCUCGGAGACCGCAGAGGAGAACACCCGGAGCAUCCGAGAGAGCCUCCAGAGGAUCUUCACCAACCACGAACUGUACUUUCACGACGGCUCGAAGAAGCUGGGAACUUAUACUGUAGUGAACAACCUGAGCUGGUACAAGGACUGGAGGGUGGUGGACUUUUUAUCCAAGGCUGGGAGACACUUCAGGAUGGGCACCAUGCUGAGCCGUCACAGUGUUCAGUCCAGGCUGAAGAGUCCAGACGGGAUGAGUCUGACUGAGUUCACCUACCAGGUCUUCCAAGCUUAUGACUUCCACCACCUGAACCAAGUGUACGGCUGCAAGAUCCAACUCGGGGGUACCGACCAGCUGGGCAAUUUAAUGUCCGGACAUGAUUACAUUCACAAGUAAAUGUCCAUCCUUCUGUCAAAAAGUGUAUAGAGGCAUGUAGGGCUGGGCGAUGUGGGAAAAAGUUCAACACAACCAGGGAUGGGAAUCGAGAACUGGUUCUUGUUGAGACCGGUUCUCGAUUCCCAUCCCUAUCAUGUGGAGGGAUGGAAACUGAACCGUUUAGAACAACCGGUUCCAAAGGGUUCAAUCAUCGACAUCGUUUACAUUUCAUCUGAAUGAUUUCCUUGACGAUUCCUUUCUCCCAGAUGCUUUGGAAAACAGUCUCGUGAGAGGCAGUUUACGCGAACAAGAACAGAGUUUGUGGAAAAACAUGUCGGAUGGUACAAAAAGUAGGCAGAAACGAUCUAAAGCUUACCAAGAAAGACGACAACGAGUUUUGUAUGGAAGUUUUGAGUUUGUGUAGCAUAGACUAACUGGGUUUAAAGCGUGUGAAAAACACUCGACCCGACCAGAAAAACCGUCAAAAUUUUGCGUGCAAAAUUUCCAAACCUCAUUGGAAACUCAUGUGAUUUAAGAUUAUUUGGUUUUUGAUAACUUUACGCAUACUCAAAACUAUACCUAGUGAUCCCAAUUGACAUCUUAGAAACCUACCUGCAAUUCAGCAUACUUAAACCUACCAAGAGACUAUUAUUAUGCGUAAACCACACCUUGAGAAACUGAUUGAUUUCUACUGUAUAUCUAUCAAACUCAAACCAAUAGGCUUGACUCUGCUGUCUUUGAGCCAAAGUGACAUUCAAAGUUCUUGUCUUACAUUCCAAGUUCAAUACAAGAACAAGUGGGAUCGGUUAAAGCGUUUUUGUACAUCUACCAAGAUAUACAUGACCAAAUAUUUGUAAAGGUCAUCAUUAAAUAGCCAUGUUUUGCAUAUUGCAGUUUAGACAAAACUUUUAUAACAUUGAGAAACAAUUUCUUUGGAUGUUUUGUUGCAUAACAUGACCUGGGAAUCGUAAUUCCUUUGAAAGUUGAAUUUUCGGCCAGCCUUGGAGCGUGCAAAAUAACAUCGUAAACAUGCAGUUUUGACACCAUCUGAUCAAUGGGUUUUUAACUAACCUGUAUGUGUUUGCAGAGUGAGCGGAGAGGAGGUGUACGGUCUGACCAUCCCUCUGGUGACCAGCUCUGUUGGGGACAAGCUGGGGAAGACAGCGGGCAAUGCAGUGUGGCUAAACAGAGACAAGACAUCUCCAUUUGAGCUUUACCAGUUCUUCCUCCGACAGCCUGAUGCCAGUGUGGAAAGGUGGGUGAAAUUUAAUCUGGGUUGUAAUAGUGAGAGAGAGACCUGCUCUCCAUGACUACACACAUCAGCUGGAUUACCCAGAAUUCAACAUACUUUGCUCAUUGUAAUAGAAGGUUGAUGUAUAUGGUUUGAUUUGUUUUGCAGGUUUCUGAAGUUGUUCACCUUUAUGCCUCUGGCAGAGAUUGAGAGUCUGAUGGAGCAGCAACGACAGGAUCCAAGUAAACGCCUCGCACAUAAACGACUGGCUGCUGAGGUGACAAAACUGGUGCAUGGAAAGGAGGGACUGGAGAGUGCGAAGAGGUUAGAAUAUGUUUUUUUUUUUAUGAAUAAUUGCAUGUUUUUCACACUAACCUUUUACAGGUACAUUCAUUUUUUGGUCAAUUAAUGUUGAAAGUAAACACAAUAUUAAAUCUCUAACUUCACUUGGUUUAAAUGACUCAUAUAAAAAUAAUCAAUUCAAUGAUUGCAGGUGCACUAAAGCUCUGUACCACAGCAGCGUGGAGGCCUUGGAGGAAAUGAGCGACGAGGAGCUGCAGGAACUUUUUAAGGAGGCUGCUUUCCAUGAACUGUUGUUGGAGCCAGGAACCACGGUGAUAGACGCCUGCCGCAAGGUUAACGCCAUCCCAGAGGGACCCAAAGGGUGAGCACCAUAAUCCUAUUGUUUUCUUAUAAUGUGACUUUGUAGUAUUAAUCUGAUAAAAAUGUUAAUUACAAACCCCAUGGUUCUAAAAUAAUUGGAGCUGGUUGUCUUUGAUAAAAGCCUUUAUGAUGCUACAUAACAUAGGAAUUAUGUGUUUCCAUACUGAGCAAAUCAAGACAGCUGAAACUGAAAUUUAGCAAGUGUACUUUAAAGAGAAAGAUGAACAUUAAAGGGUCAGUCUGCCAUAUUUUCCUAAGCUUUAAAACUUACAUGAUUUUGUGAUUUUUAUUCUCAAGAAAAAGUGGUUUCAAAGAAAACUUGAGACAUUAAGUAUAAACAUGUCUCUGUGUCUGAAAAAGGGCUAUCAGAUUUAUUUGAAACAUCUAAGCAUUCUUUCAAAUCUAAAGGUAGCUCAUAUUUUAACUGUAAAGAGCUGUUGAAUGUGUCAUUGCACUCAGUGUAGUUUGCCUUUUGAUCCAACAGAGGGCACUCUUAAAAUUUCUUUUGAGCUUCACCUCCUGCAGGCUGUAUAGACCAGGGAGUGAAAGUCAGCUUUAUAAUGCUGUGAACAGUUGUGUGACAUUUGCAGCAAAUCAAUCCCUCUUUACAUGUUUCCUGUUAUUUCCAGUUCAUUUGCACAUAUUACUGAAAACACUACAGUUGCCUUGAAACCAGACCCUUUCUUUUCCAACAUUUCAGAGAAGCAACAAAAAUGUUAAAACGUAGGUAUAAAAAAUCAGCACAGACAAAAAGGGGCCAUCAGGUGUCAAGCAGUAGGUUAUAUUAUAAGUAUACAGGAUACUAGAUUAAUGCCAAUAUUUUCAACCCAUUUUGGCUGGAUGAGCCCCAGGCUGCCACCCCUGCUUGUGCCCUCAUCCCGGUGCGUUUCCUCCACUGAUAGGUUACAUGCCCUUUUUAGUAUCACAACCUAAACAGUAAUGCCACUUUUAAAAGACCCUGGCUCUGUUUAUUUGAACUCCAAUGCUGUUAAACUGUAAUGGGGAUGCGCAAUAUUAUUGGCGUGAUACCUGAACCAACAUUUAAAGACCCACUCCGAUGAAAAUCAUGUUUUUCUGGUGUUUCAUAUGUUCAUGUCAUUUUUCUGAUGCUACGGGACAUAUCAUGAGAAAACUAAAUGGAAAUUGCUUUUCUGAGUAUUUCUUUAUUCAAAUCGCUGCGAAUCUCUGACAAACCCAAAUGGCAAGUUCAGAAACAGUGAGAAUUUAUACGUAACCAAUCCAAGCUCCGCCCACGGAGCCUCGCUAUGCAGGCCAAACUCUGCAUAUAGAGGAGAAAUACAGACAAUCGCGGAACAAGCGUGUGCGCUAGCAGAUUGCAACACUUGUAAGAAAGCUAAUUUUGAUAUUUGCUUUCAUCGUGUCCCUCAAGACAUUAGUGUCUGAGAGCUCAAUAGCUCCAAUGUUUCCUGCCACUUCACCACACCGGCAAUGUUAGGCUACAAGCUAAGGUGAAGAGGAGUGUGCAGAGCAGCGUUGUCUUCGUACACGACUCAGAGGCGAAUUGCUAAUGAGCUACUGGAGCUCUGCAGAAGAAAAGACCUUGAAAAUGACACAGGUAAUGUGAUUUUUGGUAAAAACUUCAUAAUCACAAUUUAAAGACCACUGAGACCACUGAACAUAGUAAAAGGAAAAACGAUUGGAGUGGGACUUACACAGCUUAAAAUUGUCAACUAUUGAUAUAGACUGUCCUUAAAGGGGCAAGUGUCUUGUAUGUGUUUUCUCUGACUAGUCAUCCUCACUCCACUCAGUUGCCUUAAAUGAAACUGGAACCUGUUAUCUCCAAUUCACUCGCUUUAUUAGAUAUUCAUGCAUUGAUGAUUAUGUAAGUUUAAGAGUCAUCAGUUUUUUUUGUUUAUUCACGGUACAUGAGGUGUUACAUAAAAAUAUGGAAGUGCAAAGAAAAUCUAAACCUGUAUAUUGACUUUAUGCAAGAUGCAGUUUUGCAGUAGUACAGGAUGAUGUCUGUUUUAAAGAGAAAACCCUGAUCCUUCUGUCUGUCUCUGCGUUUGCCUGCAGAUAUCGAAUGGUCUCAGAGGGAGCUGUGUGGAUCAACCACAAGCAGACAGAAAACCCGGAGCAGGUACUGAUCCCUAAACUGCACAUACUAGCCAAUGGACUGACUUUGCUCAGAGUGGGAAAGAGGAACUUCUGCAUCAUCAAGUGGCUCAGUCUCUGA